UCCCAGCUCUAGUCCGGCACCAUGCGCUCCUUGCCCGGCUUCUUCCUGGUUUUCGGCUGUGCCACGUUUUACCUGUAUGCUCUCAGCACUAAACUCCGGCCAGGCCGAGGACAAGAGGCCGAGAGAUCGCUGGUAUUUCCAUCAGACCUGGAGGAGUUACGAGAACUGGCAGAUUUUUUGCAGCACUAUAAAAGGGAACACCAGACAUAUGUUAUGCUCCUGUUCUGCAGUGCAUACUUGUACAAACAAACCUUUGCCAUCCCUGGAUCCAGCUUUCUGAACUUGCUUGGUGGAGCUCUAUUUGGGCCUUGGUUGGGCCUUUUCCUGUGCUGCGCUCUAACCUCCAUAGGCGCCACGUUUUGUUAUCUCCUUUCUAAUGCAUUUGGCAAGAAGAUGGUUGUGAUGUACUUUCCUGACAAAGUCUCCACAUUACAAAGCAAGGUUGAAGAGAAUCGUAGCAGCCUCUUCUUUUUCCUUCUCUUUCUUCGCUUGUUUCCCAUGACACCCAACUGGUUCCUGAAUCUGACUUCGCCUAUUCUCAACAUACCCAUUGGACAGUUCUUCUGCUCUGUCCUGAUUGGCCUUCUGCCAUAUAACUUCAUCUGUGUUCAGACAGGCUCUAUUUUGUCCCAAGUGAAAUCACUGGAUGAUAUGUUCUCCAGUGUAACUAUCCUCAAGUUACUGGCAAUUGCACUCACUGCUCUAGUCCCAGGAGCCAUUGUCAAAAGAUUCAGUCACCAGAACCUGGAACAAAAUAAGGAUCUCUUUUUGAAUGGCAAAAAGUCUCUGUGAGGCUUCUUGCUGGUUGAGAUGUCCUCUCCAUACUACUUCUCCAUGAGAGACUGAGGAAAUCUGUAAUCGUUUCUUUAGCCAGGUGAACCAAUGUCUUAAUCUGUAUUAUUUAUUAUUUCAUAAUAAUAUUUUAUUGUCUUAAACUGGUAAUGGCAGGUAUGUGUUUCUGGUCUAAAUCUUAUAUUGAAUCGUGAGUUCUCAAACAUUACUUUUAUAUGGUGUGUUCAGGAAAAAGCACGUUUGUGUGCAAUGCAAAGUUUUUAUUCUUAUAAGAGUUAAAUUUACUGUCUUGCUGCUGUGAAAUGUGAAAUAAUUGCUGCUGUCUAGGCCGUUCAAAUUAGCGGUCAUAGGAGAUAUAGAUGUUCAAGGCAGAUUUAAAUAUAUACUUAUAUAUAUUUUUGGGAUUUUGUAUUUGUAAAAUACACACAUACGCUACAGGUAAGUACCUAAAUAAAGAGAACGGAGUCCUAGCACUACAGCACCUCCAUACUAUCUUUGUCUGUGAAAUUCCUUUUUGCCCAUACCUGAGGACGUUUGAUAACUGAAGUCAAGGGAUUCUCACCUGCUUGCUGUUCUGAAGCAGUGCUCAUACAUGUUUAUAAUGAACACUUGCUGCUCUUCAUGGUCACUUCUGAGAUCAUUCUGUCAGCCUCUGCAUGCAACAUUUGAUUGGUUAUUGGUCUUCUGGAAUAUAGGACAUUUCCCAGUUGACUAUAUACAUUUUGUGUAACAAAACUUUCUUUCAGUACUGAAAAUGUAUUAAUUGGCAUUACUACUUUUGUGAUAAUAUUCCUAAUUUCAUUUAAUAGCUUCAGCACCCGAUUUAAAGGACAAGUCUGAAUCACUCUGGGUGCUUGUUUGUUUUUGGCACCCCCCCCCCCAUCCCAAGUAAAUCUAAUCACUUAUCUGUGGACCCCUGGCCUGGGCUCCUGUUGUUGAUACAUGCCUUAAAGUGGGGUAUUCUUCAGUGAGUAAGGAUACACACAGGCACACCUUGGGAGCCUCUCUUUAUCUUGAAAUAGUCUGUGCGCAGUGGUAGAAGGGUAAUGGCAACCCAUUUGUUUUACUGGUACAAGAUGCACAGAGAUGCAGUUCAACACAGCAGCGUGCUGCUGUUUUUUCAGCAAGAAUAGAGCUGGCCAUGGGUUCAAAGAUUAGUGAUUAUACUGUAUACACUGGGAUUUGUACUUGGACUUUGUAAUAUCAGAAGUUCAAUACACUUGCAUACAUAGGCAGCAUUAUGGGUGUUAAAUCCAUUGCCUUAGCCAAGCAUAUCACAAUCAAUCAAAUCUGAGCUCAACGCAAUUUUCCAUGGUAAAUAUUAAUACAGAUUCCAGACAAGUGUAGGAAAUAUGAAAAUGUAUAUGUAGUAUAUAGUAAAAUGUCUAAUCAUGGUUCUGUAUCACAGUCUUCUAUUUAUUCAUGCUGUUUUAUCAUUGUGUUCCAUAGUAUGUUUAAAUGGACUCCUUUUCUUUAUGGUUGUCGAAUUUAAAGUGUACAGUAGAUAGUGCAUCCUCUUUUAUAUACUAUAUGUUCCUAUUAAUAUAUCAGUGAGUAAGAAAAAUUGGGGUGUCUACUGUAAAACUAUUAAUUGGCUCCAACCAUCUUGCUAUGCGAUUAUUAGGAUGAGAAUGUAGUUCCUAUCCUCACUCACUGGUGUUUAUGUGCUGUGUGCAUUACAGUUGUGAUGUUAUGUGCAAGCGAUCACAAUCUGUUCAACACAACAGCACAAAAGAAUUCAGGAUUAAUGGCUGAAAUGCUCAGGAUCACAUUUUGUUCAUGUUCAUACUAUUUCAGUGCAUCACAGAACAUAUUUAAAUUGGAUCAGUGGAAACUAUCCAAGCUACAAUUUUGUAAGAAACUUAAUUUCUUGAAAGUUAAUAUCUAAAGAUUUAGGACCUGUUAUGGUCCCUGCACUUGCUUUGCAUUAUGUUCAUAAAGGAAUCUCUGGAAAGCAUCACAUGUUUGUUGUUGCCAUAGAAAUGAGACACUUACUGUCCUUGUCUGUGUGUGUGUAGAGACAGUCUGGAGUCAGGCAGGCCUAACCAACCACACAGGGUAUAAUAUUAAAGAAUUUGUUUCCUAAUAGAUGCAGAUAUAAAAGGUAUUUAUUUUUUAAAUCAUCCAACAAGGUCCUGGUCCAGGGUGGACAAUACUUCCACCUCAAAAGGAUUCUUUGUGGUGUCUGUUGUAUAUAGAAACUCUUGUCUUAAAGGAGAACUAAAGCCUAAAAGCAAUAUAGCUAGAAAUCCUUUAUUUAAUCUACUGAAUUUAUUGUACCACCCCAGAGGUUUAGAAGCCUUGUAGCUAAUGAUUCAGGCGUUCUAAGUUGUCCGCAGGAGCUCACCAUUUUUUGAUCUAGUUAGGCUUAUGUUUUGAGUAUCAGUGACACUGCACAUGUUCCGUGUGCUCUGGGCUGUUGUUGAGAAGCUAAGCUUAGGGUUAAUGAGAGAGCAUCAAAACAAUGGCAGAAAAGUGAGGUUAAAUAUGUCAGUUGCACUGGUUUCUAUGCUGCCAUGUUAUGUACAAUUAGUUAAUUACUAUUUGGCCUUGUAUUGGGUAUAUGUUGUGCAUAUAUCCUGUAUAUUGUAAGUUGAUCCCAUCCCAAUGGCAGCUGAAAGUAGCCCAGAGCAUGUGCUGUAAAUCAGAAGAAGGGGAGCUACUGAGGGUGUUUUUGGAGGUGCAAAUCUUCAUUUCUAAAUGGUUGUGGUAUCAUUGGGCUGGCACAGUGCCUAUAACAUUGGGUAUUUUCCUCAGGUCAAGUAACCCAUAGCACCCAAUGAACUAGUAGCAUAUAUUCUUCUGUCUACCUUUGCGAUAUUUACAAUCAUGAUUGCGAACAAACAUAUAGUCAUGUCAUAAUAUUUUUAUUUGAUUAGGAAUAGGGCUAGAAGCAGCCCUAUAACUAAUCCAUAGCCUGCAAAGUUGUGCACAGAAACUUGCCAUCUUGGAUUUUGUUAGCCCAUCUUUUGAGUGUCAUUGACACUGCACAUGCUCAGUGUGCUCUGGGCAACUGUUAGGGGGUAGCAGAGGUUCGUCUGUUAUAAAGACUGAAGCUACAGGGCUGAGUAUUACAUUCUGAUGCAGAGUUUACUGGUUUCUGAGCUGCUAUGUAACCAGAUGUGAAUGGAUUUACUAAUAAGAAUGGUAUGGUGUUUUUUUUAAUUUAAAUUGUAAGUCAGUCCUUAAAGGGGUGGUUCACCUUUAAAGUAACUUUUAUUAUGUUAUAGAAUGACCAAUUCUAAGAAACUUUUCAAUUGGUUUUCAU